AUUAUUUGUAUAUUGCUAUUGAAUAUAAAGAAUCGACGCGCUCAUUCUCAAUGAUGUCGUCGCGCCUACUGUACGGAGCACGGAGAAUCCAAUCGCACUAGCGCAAUCUCGUUACGACGGCGAGCUUCUACGCGACUGGCCCCCAAGCUCUCAAAGAAAUAAAUGUUGCCGCGACCUCGACCCAACUCGACACCGACGACAUAAUCCACAACCUCACUGGGCCGAACCCCCCCAGAACAAGCUCACCCCGCCCCUCGAUGCAAUCACCAUAACCACUAAACCCAUCCACCUGAGCGCGCCGCGACUUUCUCGGGAGGCUGGCGGCACCGAGCCCACCAUGUCUUUUCCCUCCCUCCAGACGCCUCAGCGCCCCCUUCCUGGCGCCUUCGUGCAGACCCCAGCGGCCUCGCGAUACCCCGGGCCCAACCCCGUUCGACAGCUCUUCCGAGCCCCGAGCUCCAAUCCCGCUGCCGUGGGCGCGCCGACCGCCCAAGGGUCGCAGUCAGCAGUCGCUCUGCUCCCCCAGGCUCAAAGCCAGUCGCAGGCGUUGAAGCCGGUGCAGCGCGCGGGGAGGACGAUCAAUGAGGUGUUACGCAAGGAUGCAAACUUUCCUGAACUCGAUAGCUAUGUCAAGCAGGGCAUCUCGUCCGACUAUGAGAUUCCGUCCGUAUUAGGGCACGACUCGGCAUGGGCGCCGUACCAGAAGACGAAGAUGUAUGAUAUCCCGGAUCGCAUUUUUGAGCAGUACAAUCAUGCGCAGGUGUCGACGAUGAUGGGGUUGUUUUCGGAGCUGAACCACGCGUGGAUUACGAUUGACAACGCUUUGUAUAUUUGGGACUACACACAGACGAACCCCGAGCUCAAUGGCUUUGAGGAGCAGUCGAAUAGCAUUACGGCGGUCAAGCUGGUGGUUCCGCGACGCGGCGUGUUUCUCGAUACCAUCACCCACCUUUUGGUGGUGGCUACGACGGCUGAGAUUAUACUUCUGGGAGUUGGAGCGACUACGAAUCCGGCGACUGGCGCAAAGGUUGUGACCCUCUUCAAUACUGGCAUGUCACUUUCGAUCAAGGGCAUUGAUGUCAGGGUGAUUGAGGGCUCGGCCGCGAGUGGGCGGAUAUUCUUCAGCGGCGGAGGAGAUAACGAGGUGUACGAACUCACAUACCAGCAGGAGGAGAAGUGGUUCGCGAGCCGAUGCGGCAAGGUUAACCACACCAGCCCGGGAUAUACGUCUUUGGUCCCGACAAAGAUCAUCUGGGGGACGAGCUCCAAGGAGUAUGUGGUGGAUAUGACAGUAGACGACAGCAGGAACCUUCUUUACACACUCUCGUCAGAGUCAUCGAUACGAAUCUUCCACAUGGAUACGCCAGCCUCGCUCAAGCAAGUCGUCGAGAAAAAGCGCCACGAAUGUCUCCGCGAUAUCAGCCACAUGAUCUCGCAAUCCCCCUUGUUGGACAACAAUCUCAAAAUCGUCUCAAUAAGCCCCAUCUCGGCCACUGAAGCCGCAAAACUCCAUCUUCUGGCGGUUACUUCCACAGGCUGCCGUCUGUAUCUCUCUGCUACCCGAGGAUACGGAUACCUGGCUGGCAAGGUCGAGGCACCUACGAGCAUGCAGGUCCAGCACAUUAAAUUCCCGCCGCCGGAUCAACAAGAUCCCCAGCCACGAUCGCCAGCACAGCCAUCUGGCUACCAACCUGUUGAGCAGCCUAUAAACACCCAAUCACGCGCUCUUCAGUACGCCCGUAGGGGACUACGAUACCCACCAGGCUUCUUCCUGUGUUUCGUUGCAAAGGAUACCAAUCCCAACACAGACGUCCUCUUCCUCUCUGCACCUGACACUGGGCGCAUCGCCGCGGAAUCCCGCGACAUCUCGGGCCAGAGCUCAAAGUUCUACGAGCAAGGCCUCUGGCUGAAGCUCGAUAGCCGUGCGGAAGCUAUUGGACUUGUUAGCAACACCUUCGCAGCUGCAUCCACCCCAAUUGGAUACGGGAACGAACUUGCUGUUCAGUUUGAUGAGCCCUCGACAGAGAUGGCCGUCCUGACCAACACAGGUAUUUACAUCAUCAAGCGAAGGCGGCUUGUGGACGUUUUCGCAGCCGCAAUCAGGCAAGGCGAUGCCGAGCAGGGUCUGGAAAAGCAGAUGGCGCAGUUCAUUAGGCAUUACGGGAGAAGCGAAGUCACAGCCGCGGCACUGGCAGUUGCUUGCGGACAAGGCUCCGAGGGAUCCUCGGGAGAAAGAACGGCGAAGGUGUCGGACCCGUCGACGCUUGAGGCGGCUCGCAAGGCCUUCAUCGACUAUGGUGGCUCUGCAUCCUUGAAUGCGGAUGCUGUUUCUGAUGCCAAUGAGCCGGCCAUCAACUUCGUGCGCCCCUCGGCACGCCAUGACGGCCUGGCGAUGUAUAUUUCUCGUCUGGUGAGAUCGAUAUGGAAGGUUCCUGUCGUAAGAGAAGCGACACUCAACGUUGGCGCCGGUGCCAAUGGAACCAUGUCGCUGCAAUCAACCGUCUCUGGCGCCAAGUUGACGAGCAUCCAAGACGACAUGGCGCGCCUAAACACCUUCCUUGAGAAGAACAGCACGUUUAUCCAGGGGUUGGCUGGCCCCGAAGGCCCGCAGCGAGCUGCUACACAGAUGGAGGAGAUCACGCUUCAAGGAGAGCACCAGGCUCUUCGUUCGCUCUGGGCGCUUGCCAGCAAUAUAAUCGAAGGCAUCUCGUUCGUGAUGAUGUUGUUUGAAGAGCGCAUGGAUGAGCUCUGGGCGUCGUUGGAUGACACCACUCGCCAGCAACUGCGCGAUCUCACAUACGAGUCGCUGUUCACCUCUGAUGAUGGGAAGAACCUGGGGAAGGUGCUCGUUAAGGCGAUCGUGAACAGAAGUAUUGCGAAUGGCUCGAAUGUGGAGACUGUUGCCGACGCGUUGAGGAGGAAGUGCAAGAGCUUCUGUAGCGCGGAUGAUGUUCUUAUUUUCAAGGCUCAAGAGCAGCUCAAGAAGGCGUCGGAGCUGGGCAGUGGUACCGAGGUUGGGCGAAGCAUGCUUAAUGGGAGUCUACGAUUGUUCGAGAGAGUGGCUGAAAGUCUGACAUUCGAAAAUCUCCAGUCGAUUGUGGAGCAAUACGUGAAUCUACAGUUCUACGCUGGAGCAGUCCAGCUGUGUCUCACGGUUGCGUAUCAAGGGGAUAGAGGGAACAUGGCGUUGUCUUGGGUCAACGACAACAGGCCUGCUGGUGAUAGCCGCGAGAAGUUUUUCGAAAGCCGGAAGCGCUCUUACGAUCUCAUCCACCUUGUUCUAGAGGACUUGGACAGGGUUUCUGGGCAGCAGCCAGAGUUUAAUGCAGAUGGCAUGUACACAGUUGUCGCCAUGAAGAGGCAGGAGGCAUAUGCCAUUGUCAACGAGUCGACGGACGAGGUGUUCCAUUACGACCUGUACGACUGGUACCUUACCCAAGGCUGGACCGAUCGCCUGCUCGCCAUCGAUUCUCCAUUUGUAAUCUCCUAUCUGCAAAAGCAGUCCCUGACCAGCAUCGACCGCGCCGACCUUCUGUGGCGCUUCUACGCCAGCGGGAAGCGAUACCACGACGCCGCAAGUGUGCAAGUGGGCCUCGCCAAGAGCGAGUUCCCGCUGGACCUCAAGACGCGGAUCGAGUAUCUCAGCCGCGCCAAGGCGAAUGGCUCCACCACGACUAUUGGUAUUGCUCGGUCGGCGCAGCAGGUACUUCUGCGUGAGGUUACUGAGCUCUUGGAGAUUGCGAAUAUCCAGGAUGAAAUCCUCCAGCGCUUGAGGAAUCACCCUAGACUGGACCAAUCGAGGCGUGAAGAGAUCGUCCGUGAGCUUGAUGGCCCAGUUCAUUCGCUUUCAGAGCUGUUCAACGAAUAUGCGGAUAAGGCCAACUUCUAUGACAUCUGCCUCGAGAUUUUCCAAGCUGCUGGCCACUCCAACCCAUCGGAUGUCGACGUGACCUGGACCAACUUCCUAGACUCCACCCACGGCCAGAUCCUCGAGAAGGCGGCAGCCGCAGGCCCGAACGAGCCCCUACCAGCAAAACCCUACGAAGCAAUCAUCAACGCCGUGCGCGACCUCGCCUACCGCCUGAACCGCAGCGAAUCUACCUUCCCCCCCGAACUCCUGAUCCCCAAGCUAGAACGCUACGCCUACGAGCAACAGCGCGGCGUCGGCCCCCCAACCUGGGUAAUGGACCUCUUCAUCGAGAUCGGCACCGCCUUCGAGCGCAUCAUCCCCAUCCUCGAGGGCAUGAUCCACAACGACGAAGCGCCCUUCCACGGCCGCAACAGACGCUUCAUCGCCAACGACGCGCUGUACGUCAUCGAGAAGUGGUACCAGGACUGCAUCCGCCACAACAGGGAGGUGUUUGGCGGCGUCGACUACGCUGCGGGGAUCAGCACCUUCCUCAACAUGCUGACGCAGAAUGGGCUCGAGGGCGAUAAGGUCUACGAGGCGCAGGAGCUGCGGGUGAAGAUCGAGCGGGUGCUGAGGAGGUAGACGUUGCGCGGUUUGUAUUUGGAUCUUUGGGAACGGGGAAUGUGGUACUGUGGCACCGUUGUUUGGGUGUUGUAUGGGCGUUUUUGUUUGGAGGGGAGACAGACGGAUGAUGAAUUGAUCAAGCACCCCCGGGGAGAGCGCAUUACUGGGCGAGCAUAUAAUCUCAGCACAUAGUUGCAAGAAUUCCAAUGAGGAGACUAGGAUGUUGUGUGUAUUACUUCGGCCAUAGUUAGUUCGGAUGGGGAGAGAAUAAAUCAGGAAUUACGGGUUAUAGUUUUAUAUUAUAUCAGGGGUACUUGACUAUUGGAGUGAAAGGGAGUAAUCAUUUUAAGGGUCUUGUAUAAAUUCCGUAAAUAGGGAC